AUGGCCAUCAAAGCUUUUCGCUGGUGGAACGCCGAGGAGCUGCCUGAGGGCAUCCAGUGGCGUACUUUGGAGCACAAUGGCGUCAUGUUUCCACCCCCGUACAAGCCUCACCAUGUACCACUGGUGUACAAUGGAAAAGAGAUCGAGCUAACGCCGAGUCAGGAAGAGGUUGCUGGGUUUUACGCGUCGAUUCCGCACGACGGGCCACAAUUGGGCAAUCCCAAGACUGCGAAGAUCUUCAACAAAAACUUCUUUACGGACUUCAAAAAGAUACUAGGCAAGCAGCAUGAAGUCAAGACAUUUGAAGGAUGUGACUUCUCCCGCAUUGCUGCGUACCUAGUGAAGCAGCGGGAAGAGAAGAAGAAUUUGACGAAAGAGGAAAAGCUGCCGGACAAGGAAAAGCGUGAGAUGGAGCUUUUUACCAAUGGCUUUGCUCUCGUGGACGGCCAUUUAGAGAAGGUAGGCAACUUUCGCAUCGAGCCACCCGGUCUAUUCCGCGGACGUGGUGAGCACCCAAAGACUGGUACAUUGAAAGAGCGUGUGAUGCCAGAAGAGGUGACAGUCAAUGUAGGCAUCUCGGACCGUGUUCCAAUCUGCAACAUGCCGGGCCACGCAUGGAAACAAGUGAUUCACCGUGAUACUGUUUCAUGGCUCGCCUACUGGAACGAGAACGUCAUGGGCGGUAUCAAGUAUGUGUUUUUUGCAGCUAGCUCGAGUUUCAAGGGCAAGUCGGACUUGGCCAAGUACGAGAAAGCUCGACGACUGCAGCAAUGUAUAAAGAAAAUUCGACGGGACUAUACAAAGGGCUUACGUGCCAAGGACAUGUUUACCAAGCAGCGCUCGACUGCUAUGUGGGUAAUCGAUGUUCUCGCGCUGCGUGUGGGAAACGAAAAGGGCGAAGAUGAGGCUGACACGGUGGGGUGCUGCAGUCUGCGUGUAGAGCACAUGUCCUUCAAUGAUGACAAUUGUGCUCUCACACUGUCGUUCCUUGGUAAAGAUUCGAUGCCCUACAACAACACUGUCGAGUUGGCGCAGUACGGCGACGUCGGCAGGCUGGUGUAUCAAAACUUGAAAAAGUUCUGCACCAAGAAAGGUAAAAACGAGGAAGUCUUUCACGAGCUAACGGUCACCGAGCUGAACAAGCAUCUGAGCUCACUAAUGCCUGGGCUUAGCGCGAAGGUCUUUCGUACAUUCAAUGCGUCGUUCACGCUGGAAAAAGAACUGCCUGGACCGUCAGGCCAGGAGCUGGACCCGCUAGGAAAGAUGGAAGUUGCGCCGAAGGUGGUGCUGUACAACGACGCGAACCGAAAGGUUGCUAUUCUGUGUAAUCACCAGCGCACUGCUCCAAAGUCGUUCGACACGACGUUGGACAAGAUGAAUGCGCAGCUUGGUCAGCUAAAGAAGCAGUUGAAGGAGCUGAAGCAGAUGCAAUUGAUGAUCUCGAAGGGCAACUCCAAGAGCAUAAAGCUGAAGAAAGAGACUACAUCCGACAAUAAAGAGGAAGACGCGUUGGCAAAAAAGGCCCAGGUCCACCUUUUUCAGCGAGCGCCCUCAGCUGACCAAGUUGCCAAGAAGAUUGAAAGCUGGAAAAAGAAGAUAAAGGCCUUGUCUCUGCGUCUUCAGGAUAAAACGGAUAACAAAGAGGUGGCACUGGGCACGUCCAAACUUAACUACAUGGACCCGCGCAUCACCGUCGCAUGGUGCAAAAGGAACGAAGUCCCGAUCUCAGCAGUGUUUUCCAAGACGCUGCGGGAGAAGUUCGUGUGGGCGAUGGACGUGGACCCCGACUGGAAGUUUUGA